AUGGAUGAGCUUCGCAUUAACGCCAAGGUGUGCUACGAGUACCGUGAAGCUGGCAUUGUGGCGCUAACGGAGACAUGGCUAAAUCAAGACAUCCCUGACCCCUUAUUUGAACUGGAUGGGUUUUCCCUCGUUCGCUCGGAUAGGACGGAGUCGGCUGGGAAGUGCAGAGGAGGAGGUAUUGCUGUUUAUAUCAGGAAUGACUGGUGUACUCAAUAUACGGUGCGGGAGAGGAGGUUCUCCCCACUCAGUGACGCACCCACUGAGAAUCCUGUUGAAAGUGCCCUAGUUAUUGCCGAUUCUAUUACACGGAACGUGAAAAUAGAGACACCAGCCACCAUAGUCACAUGUUUGCCGGGAGCCAGAGCACCUGACAUCAAAGCAAAUUUAAAAGUGCUGGCUAAUGCUAAUCGUAAAUACUCUAAAAUUAUUAUUCACGUCGGCACAAAUGAUGUUCGACUUCGCCAAUCGGAGAUCACUAAAAUUAACAUUAAAGAGGUGUGUGAACUCGCAAGUACAAUAUCAGGAGAAGUAAUUUGUUCUGGCCCUCUUCCUGUUCGUAGGAGUGAUGAGAUAGUUAGCAGAUUAUCAUCACUCAAUGGCUGGCUGUCUAAGUGGUGUCCGCAGAAUAAUAUAGGUUUCAUAGACAAUUGGAAAAGCUUUUGGGGCAGACCUGACCUGUUGAAAAGAGAUGGUAUUCAUCCGUUCCGGGAUGGUGCUGCUCUUCUCUCUAGUAAUAUGGCACAUAGU